CUGCGAUUCUAAACACAUUUUCCACCAUAACUGACAACAUGGCGAGUGUUCAAGCUGCCUCCCGGCUCCUCUCGAAGAGGAUACUAUCCUCUAGGAAAGCUGUACCUGCAGCCACAGUUCAAGGUUCAAGGAAUUUGCAUUUCUCCGUCUAUGGAAAGAAACAUGCAGUGUCUAAUGACAUCUCCACCCAGUACCCAGUCGUGGAUCAUGAGUUCGAUGCUGUGGUGGUUGGCGCCGGAGGAGCAGGACUCCGGGCAGCUUUUGGCCUGUCUGAGGCUGGCUUCAACACGGCCUGUGUCACUAAGCUGUUCCCCACCAGGUCCCACACUGUUGCUGCGCAGGGUGGAAUCAAUGCAGCUCUGGGAAACAUGGAAAAUGAUGACUGGAGGUGGCAUUUCUAUGACACCGUGAAGGGCUCUGAUUGGCUGGGGGACCAGGAUGCUAUCCAUUACAUGACUGAACAGGCGCCCGCUGCUGUAGUAGAGUUGGAGAACUUUGGCAUGCCAUUCAGUCGCACAGAGGAUGGCAAGAUCUACCAGCGGGCGUUCGGAGGCCAGAGUCUAAAGUAUGGCAAAGGGGGCCAAGCUCACCGCUGCUGUUGUGUAGCAGACAGGACUGGACAUUCACUACUUCACACACUCUAUGGACGGUCGCUGCGUUAUGAUACAAGUUACUUUGUGGAGUACUUUGCCCUGGACUUGCUGAUGGAAGAUGGCGAGUGUAAAGGCGUGAUCGCACUCUGCAUGGAGGAUGGAUCUAUUCACCGCUUCAGAGCUCAGAAUACUGUCAUCGCCACCGGGGGUUACGGUCGAACCUAUUUCAGCUGCACAUCUGCUCACACGAGUACUGGGGAUGGUAACGCCAUGGUGACCAGAGCUGGUUUGCCCUGUCAGGAUUUGGAGUUUGUUCAGUUCCAUCCCACUGGGAUUUAUGGCGCCGGUUGCCUGAUCACUGAGGGUUGCCGUGGCGAGGGAGGCAUCCUGAUCAACAGUGAGGGCGAGCGUUUCAUGGAGCGCUACGCACCUAACGCCAAGGACCUGGCCUCCAGAGAUGUGGUGUCCCGCUCCAUGACCAUUGAGAUCAGAGAGGGCAGAGGUGUAGGUCCAGAGAAAGACCAUGUGUACCUGCAGCUACACCACCUGCCUCCUCAACAGCUUGCCACGAGGCUGCCCGGCAUCUCCGAGACAGCCAUGAUCUUUGCUGGAGUUGACGUCACCAAGGAGCCCAUCCCCGUCCUUCCCACUGUUCACUACAACAUGGGAGGCGUACCCACCAACUACAAGGGCCAGGCGAUCACGUACGCCAACGGAGAGGACAAGGUGGUCCCUGGACUGUACGCCUGCGGGGAGGCCGGCUGUGCAAGCGUUCAUGGUGCUAACCGUCUGGGGGCCAACUCUCUUCUGGACCUGGUGGUGUUCGGCAGAGCCUGCGCCCUCACCAUCGCUGAGGAGCACAAACCUGGAGAGAAGCUUUCCCCUCUUAAGUCCAACGCAGGAGAAGAGUCUGUGGCCAACUUGGAUAAGCUGAGGUUUGCCAAUGGAAGUCUGCGUACCUCUGAAAUCAGGCUCAACAUGCAGAAGGCCAUGCAGGCCCACGCUGCCGUGUUCCGUACCGGUUCUGUUCUGAAGGAGGGAUGUGACAAGAUGGACGCCAUUUACAAGACCAUGGAAGACCUCAAGACCUUUGACAGAGGCAUCGUGUGGAACACCGACCUGGUGGAAACACUGGAGCUGCAGAAUCUGAUGCUUAACGCCGUCCAGACCAUCAACUCUGCUGAGCAGAGGAAGGAGAGCCGAGGAGCUCACGCCAGAGAGGACUUCAAGGAUCGUAUCGAUGAGUACGAUUAUUCGAAGCCCUUGCAGGGGCAGGAGAAAAAGCCCUUCGAGCAGCACUGGAGGAAACACACCAUGUCCUAUGUUGACUCCAAAACUGGCAAGGUGACUUUGGAGUAUCGUCCGGUCAUUGACCACUCUCUGGACGAACAAGACUGUGCCCACGUCCCUCCAGCCAUCCGCUCUUAUUAAGAACAUCCCUCCAAAUGCGACAUGGCUCAGGAACAGCAUAUUUAUGGAAGAGUUGUUCUGCAACGACAGAACAUUUAGGGAAACUAUGCUUUGGAUUGCACGUGUUUGUGUGUAUGUCAUAUUCAACUGCACAGAUGAUGCUUUUGUGUCAGUCAGCUGUUGUACAUCAUGUCAACAUCACUCCACUCUCCUUUGUUAAAACACCUUUUUUACAUUUCAGCUCUACUUCAGCCUAGACGAGAGAUUGUGGAAAUUGGAAAUUGCUUUGAAGCCGCACAAGGAACUUUUAAAGUAUGUAAAUAUUGCCUAAAUGUACAAUAAACAUGGUCAACUACACACUAUGUACUUAAAAAUA